GUAUUAGGGAUAAUCAAAAUAAAGUUCGAAUAAUAUUGUUUUUUGUUUAAAUAAUUCGGCAAAAUGGUAUCACGAAGCUUAACGGAGGUGUUUGUGUUGAUGCGCAACAAUGCUAUACACAGUAGACAUAUUUUUUCCGAACAGGCAAAUGAUACAGAGAGAGUAAGACUGAUGAGAUCCAAUUCUCAUGAUAUGGAGGCGGGUAUGGAGAUGAGGUCCGACUCUAAUGCUCCACCACCUUGGAGCGACUCCUUAGAAGAAGCACAUUAUAUUGUUACAAGGCUCAGGACAAAGUUGACAGAACUACAGUCUCGUCAUGAGCGACAGAUCAGAAGGCCAGCGUUGGACGACAGUAGUGAGCAACAGCAUAUCGACCGAUUGUCUGCGGAAAUCAGCCGACUUUUCACUCAAGCACAUGCUAGAAUCACCACCAUCAAAGCUCAGAUACGACACGGCAACAAAAGCGAACAGAAAUUAGCAGCUAACGUAGUUCUGGCUCUAGUAACGAUCCUCCAGGACCUAAGUGUUACAUUUCGAACAUCACAGUCAAAUUAUCUGAAAUCCUUAACUUCAAGAGAAGAAAGAUCCAAUGCAUACUUUGACCUACCAAACUUUGAGGAACUAAGCUUACAAGACAAUGAAUUACUGCCAGGACUAACAAACAAUCAGACAGAUUUGCUAUUCUCAUUACCGAGCACAUCGACUUCACAAAACUACGACGAUCAGAACUUAGACGGAAUGUUCGAGAAACAAGCAUUAAAUCAAAAGCAACUCUUACUAAUGCAAGAAGAAAAUAGUAAAAUGAUUGAAGAAAGAGAAGAGGAAGUCAAUAAAAUUGUCAAGUCUAUUGUCGACUUAAAUGAUAUAUUUAAGGAUUUAGCCAAUAUGGUACACGAACAGGGUACUGUUCUGGAUAGGAUAGACUAUAAUAUCGAGCAAACUCAAGUACAAGUUUACGAAGGCUACAAACAAUUGCAGAAAGCUGAGAGAUACCAGCGGAAAAAUAGAAAAAUGCAUUGUAUUUUUAUACUGGGCAUCGCCGUAGUUGUUAUGUUUGUUUUAUUAAUUAUUGUAAAAAGUUAGCUCGUAAAGUGUACGAUUUUUAAUAUUAUGCUUCGAGAAGUGUUUGAAAAGCACAAAUAUCACAAAGCACCCGUGUUUGUGUUAUCGCGAUGUUUUUUUUUUGUGCUUGGUAUUAUUAUUUGAGGCUGACAACACUCGCUAUUAUUGUAAAUAGUGUUUAUCUGUCAAAAUGAUAUAUCAUGAGUUUGAAAGGACUGUAAAGUGAUCUUUUACAAAGAAAGUAUAUGAAUAUUUAAAUAGAUCAGUAGUUAGGCAACAAUGAAAUUGAAACUUAGAU